AUGGUCUCCAGAGCUGUGAGUGACAGACCUGCUGAUGUUGAUACACCUGCUGAUAUUGAUACACCUGCUGAUGUUGAUACACCUGUUGAUGUUGAUACACCUGCUGAUGUUGAUACACCUGCUGAUGUUGAUACACCUGUUGAUGUUGAUACACCUGCUGAUGUUGAUACACCUGCUGAUGUUGAUACACCUGUUGAUGUUGAUACACCUGCUGAUGUUGAUACACCUGCUGAUGUUGAUACACCUGUUGAUGUUGAUACACCUGCUGAUGUUGAUACACCUGCUGAUGUUGAUACACCUGUUGAUGUUGAUACACCUGUUGAUGUUGAUACACCUGCUGAUGUUGAUACACCUGUUGAUGUUGAUACACCUGUUGAUGUUGAUACACCUGCUGAUGUUGAUACACCUGUUGAUGUUGAUACACCUGUUGAUGUUGAUACACCUGCUGAUGUUGAUACACCUGCUGAUGUUGAUACACCUGUUGAUGUUGAUACACCUGUUGAUGUUGAUACACCUGCUGAUGUUGAUACACCUGCUGAUGUUGAUACACCUGUUGAUGUUGAUACACCUGCUGAUGUUGAUACACCUGCUGAUGUUGAUACACCUGUUGAUUUUGAUACACCUGCUGAUGUUGAUACACCUGCUGAUGUUGAUACACCUGCUGAUGUUGAUACACCUGUUGAUGUUGAUACACCUGCUGAUGUUGAUACACCUGUUGAUGUUGAUACACCUGCUGAUGUUGAUACACCUGCUGAUAUUGAUACACCUGCUGAUGUUGAUACACCUGUUGAUGUUGAUACACCUGCUGAUGUUGAUAUAUAUCCUGCUGAAGUUGUCAGAGCUGGUCAAUAG